AUGUCGGCGGUGCAGCCUCUACCAAUGACUUCCUUUGAUCUUUUACUUGACCAGGAACCUUUCAUUGCCGGCUAUGCAGUGACAGGUAGUGUCUUGCUCAACUUCCGUCUACUACAAGCCGACGGGAUAGAGACAAUCUACGUCAAGCUGACGGGUCGUAUGUACGGGACACGAGGAAAUAGCGAGAAAUCUGAAUCGAGGAGCAUAAACUUCGUGUACCACAAAGUGCCCAUCUGGACACGCGGGCAGGCCUAUCCUUCUCCGGGCUCUGAUGUCUUGACAUUGCCUUUCCAACUACCCUUGGGUGUCGACCUGCCGCCUUCCUUCACUGCGAACGUCCGUCGCCUCCGCUUGGUGGUGAGAUACAAGCUACACGUUACCGGCGAACGUCCUGGAUUGCUCAAGCACAACAAGGAGAUCAAACGCUCGAUCACAAUACAGCCCAAUGACACGGUUAGCGAGGUGGUUCAAACUCACCUGGGUGUUGGCUGGGAUGGGCCCUGGACCGCAAUACGUGCGAGCGAACGCAUCAGCAGAUACGUAAUGUGGGGCGAACAUGCAGACGUAGAUGUCCGUAAUGAGAUGCAGCUCACUGUCCCUGCGAUCGAUGCGGUACCAAUGAACGCCACGAUACCCUUCACCCUUUCCAUGACAACACUCAGCAGACCAUAUCCUCAAGAUCAUGAGGGCGAAUUAUGGCCAAGUCCGCCGCGCCGGCCGGAAGCAUACGAAUUCGCGAUCAGGGAAGACAUGAUCAUCCACAUUCGGAGACCACAAACUGCGUGCAUUACCUUGCGACAAUCGUUAGGACACACGCAACUCGAGCAUGCAGAGAAGCAGUGGAUACCUUCGACCGGCGGGCAGGGAAAAUGGAAGCAGGAGGCCACGCUGAAGUCGAGUAUCACGCUGCAAUGUCCGCCAACAUUCACGUUCAUGUGGGAGGGCAGUAUCCGCCUCGCCGUCUCCGUACGAUGCUUCCUCAUCGCAUUUAGAGUCAUGUCAACUUACCUUCUUACCCUCAUUGUCUCCUGCCAGUAUCGUUUAUGCGUUACCGUCAAGUUCGGCGCUAUGCGCGCGCUGACGUUCGAACAGCCAAUUACCGUUGUUCGCGAGCGUAAGGCGUAG